AUGGCCACCCAGGAGAAGCCUCUAAAUGAGAUUUCCUAGUUUGAUUAUGCUUUGCUGCCAGCGUCUGCCCUUCUGGGCAUAGAUGCAGUUCAACUCGCAAAGAAAAUAGAAGAGGAGGAGCGGAAAGACCAAGCAAAAAUGCAGAAAGGCUUUAACUCAAGAAUGCGCAGUGAAGCAAAGAGGUUAAAGUCUUUUGUGACUUCUGAGUCAUAUAGCUCUUGGACCCCUCAGAAGAUGGCAGCUGCUGGGUUUUAUUUAAAGGGAGUAAUAUCUGGGAUUCGGUGCUACUGCUGUAGCUUAAUCCUCUACAGUAUCAGCCUCAAGAGACUCCCCGUAGAAGACCUCAAGAAGUUAUAUCCAGACUGUGAAUUCCUUUUGGGCAAAGAUGUUGGUAACAUUGCAAAGUAUGAUAUAACGGUAAAGUAUCUGGAGAAAAACUUGAGAGGGGACAAAGUAAGGUACCAAGAAGAAGAGGUCAGACUUGAAUCCUUCAAGAACUGGCUGUUUUACACUCAAGGAAUAUCCCCAAGUGAGCUUUCAGAAGCUGGCUUUGUCUUUACGGGUAACCUGAAAUCAUUUUCUAAAAGUAUUCCUCUGGACUGUCAAUUUCUCCAGAAUAUGAAGUCCUCUGCAGAAGUGGUUCCAUACCUUCAGAGCCAUGGUGAACUUUCUGAAAUAAUGGAAACCACACGUGAAAGCAAUCUUGAAGAUUCAGUAGCAAUUAGUUCUAUAGCGCCAGGGACAGCACAGGGGGAAACCCAGUGGUUUCUGGAGGCAAACGGUCUGAGUGAGCGACUAAGAGCAGUUUACACCAGCGCCAGUUUCCACCACAUGUCUUUGUUUAGGGUCUCUUCCCAUCUAGCUACUGACCAGUUGCUGAGUUGUGAUCUGUCCAUUUCUUCACAGCACAUCAGCAACCACGUGCAGGAGCCCCUCGUGUUGCCUGAGGUAUUUGCCAAACUGAAUGUCAUGUGUGAUGAAGGCGAAGCUGGUAGAGGAAAGACAACCCUUCUGAAGAAAAUAGCUCUUCUCCGGGUUGGAUGCUGUCCCCUGUUAAACAGGUUCCACCUGAUCUUCUCUCUCUCUCUUACCUCUGCCAGACUGGUCCAAUUGGCCAACAUUGUCUGUGACCAACUCCUAGAGACAGAAGGAUCUGUUACUGAACUGUGCCUGAGGAGCAUCGUCCAGCAGCUACAGAAUCAGGUGUUAUUCCUUUUGGAUGACUACAGAGGAAUGUGUUCAAUUCCCUGAGUCACAGAAAAACUAAAAAAAAAAAACCAUUCAUCAGAGACCUACUUACUGAUUGCUGUCCGUACGAACAGGGCCCAGGACAUCUGCUGAUACCUAGAUAAGAUUCUAGAGAUCAAAGAGUUUCCCUUCUAUGAUGCCAUCUAUAUAUUAUGGAAGCUGUUUUCACACAAUAUGACCCGUCUGCAAAAGUUUGUGAUUCACGUUAGAAAGAACGAAAACUUGCAGAGAAUUCAGAAAACUCCCCUCUUUGUGGCAGCGGUCUGUGCUAACUGGUGUCGGUAUCCUUUUGACCAGUACUUUGAUGAUGUGGGGGUUUUCAGUUCCUAUAUGGAAUGCCUUUUCUUAAAGCACAAAACUGAAGCUGAACUUCUCAAAGCGAUUGUGUCCUCCUGUGGUGAGCUGGCCUUGAAAGGGUUUUUUUCAUCUUGCUUUGAGUUUAGUGAUGAUGACCACACAGGAGCAGGGGCUGAUGAAGAUGAAGAUCUAACCAUAUGCUUGAUGAGAAAAUUCACAGCCCAGAGACUGAGACCAGUCUAUCAGUUUUUAAAUCCUGUUUUCCAAGAAUUUCUUACAGGGAGGCUGAUUGAACUCCUGGAUUUGGAGAGGCAGGAAGAUCAAGAUUUGGGACUUUAUUAUUUGAAACAAAUUAACUCAUCUUUUAUGAUGAUGAUGAUGAUGGCUAUAGGUCUCUAUAACAAUUUUCUGAACUAUGUCUCCAGCCAUCCUUCAACAAAGGGAGGGCCAAAAAUUGUAUCUCAUUUGCUUUAUCUGGUUGAUGAUAAACAGUCAUUUGAGACUGUAUCUGAAAAUGAUGACUAUCUGAAGCACUAUCCAGAAAUGUCAGAAAAAAAAAAAAAACUGAAGAUGGAGUUAAUUAGGAGGUUGUGGCAACUACAUCCUCGAGGUUACCUUUCAUUGGUUUCAGAAUAUUUACUGGCAUUUGCCCUAAAUAUUGCUUAUCAAAGCAACGCUGCUUCUGCAUGUUCUCUAUUUAUUUUGCGAUUUCUUCAAGGGAAAACACUGGUUUAUGUGCUUGACUUACAGUACUUUUUUGACCACCCAGAAAGCCUGUUAUUGUUGAGGAGCAUCCAGGUCUUCAUAAAAGCAAACAAAAGACCACCCAGAGCAGAUCUUUCAGUCCUGGAAACAUGUUUGGACAAAUCACAGGUGCCAGCUAUAGAUGAGGACUAUGCUUCUGCCUUUGAACCUAUGAAAGAAUGGGAGCAGAAUUUAGCUGAAAAAGAGGAGAACAUGAUGAGUUUUCAGAAUAUCCGACUCAGUGCAUCACCAGACAUCAGCACUGGCUACUGGAACCUUUCUUCAAAGUAGUACAAGAUUCCUGUUCUGGAGGGACAUGUGACUAAUAGUGAUGCUAUUGACCCGAGGAUGCAGGUUCUGAGGACAGUCUUCUCAGCUUCGCAGCUUCACAGCACACUGAAAUCCAUUUUCAAACACAGCAGGGCCUUUAUUGAAAGCAUCUGCCUGGCUCUUGAGCUAUAUAAGGCCUCUCUCACCAAGUGUUCCAUCAGCCAGUUUGAGCUCAGUGCAGCAGAACAGAAGCUGCUUCUCACCCUGACGCCCCUGGAGUCUCUGGAAGCCUCAAGGAUAACCAAGUUAGAAGAUAUAGUUGAUUUGAUUUCCGUGUAUUCCAUCAAAGCAAGGAAGUAUAAAAGAUUACUAGGGUUGUAUCAAAAGGACUCACUCAUCAGCCAAGUUGAAGAGGGUCCUACUGGCCUAAGACAGAACUAUCUAAACAAUAAUAAUGAUAAUAACUCCUACACUUUAGGUUCUCUCAGUAACUUCGAAGAACUGAUCCUUCCUACUGGGGAUGGGAUUUAUCAAGCGGGUAAGCUGAUCAUCCAGCAAUGACAGCAGCUUCGAUGUCUCUGAGUUCUCUCAUUUUUCCAGACUUUGAAUGAUGACAGCGUGAUGGAAACUGCCAAGGUAGCAAUCAGUGGAGGUUUCCAGAAACUUGAGAACCUAAAUCUUUCAAUCAAUAACAAGAUUACAGAGGAAGGAUAUAGAAAUUUCUUUCAAGAACUUGGUAACCUGCCCGACUUGCAAGAAUUGAGUAUCUCAAGGCAUUUCACAGAGUGUAUCAAAGCUCAGGCCUCAACAGUCAAGUCUUUGGGUCAGUGUGUGUCACGGCUGCCACGCUUGACCAAGUUUAACAUGUUCAGCUGGCUCCUGGAUGCAGAAGACAUCACAUUGCUUAAUGCCAUGAAAAAAAGACACCCUCAAUCUAAAUACUUAACUAUUCACUGGAAAUGGGUACUGCCAUUCUCCCCAAUCAUUCAGAAAUAGAAGAUUCAGCUAAAAACUGCUGAAUCAAGAAGUUUUUUCUGUCAACAGUUCCAAAAACUUGUCUGAAAACAUUUCAAUAAGUAUUACAUACAGACAAAAUUAAUGAAAUGUGUAAGGCAUGUGAUUAAAAAAAAAAAAAAAACCC